CGGCACUUGCAGGCGGUGUGCAAUCUAUUGGGACCGCGCACUCGGCAGCAUAAUCGCCACCUUGUCCGAGCAGAUUAAGGCGAUCAUUAAGGGGACUGCUAGCCUAGCACGAGGGUGCAGGAAAUCUAUCUCUCGGGAGCUAUUCAGGGGUGGUUGGUUUGCAGAUUGACGACAGCUUCAGGCACGGUUCAGUAUAUAAAACGAUUGCCACCCAGCUCGCCGAUCACCAGUUGCCGAUCUGGUGCGGAUCGUGGAUCGCGUAUAUAGUGGUGACGCUCCUUCUUUUCAUUUCAACGCGACCUCACCUGAUGUCUUUCGCGAGCAUAAAUGGCCCUAUAACUACAGUCUGUGCGUGUGUGUGUGUGCGUCUGUGUCUCCCACUCUCAAGACGGUUUCCUCUCAAAGCUUUGUGAAUGCCCUGCGUUAUUAGACCCUCACAGUGACCUCCUCUAGUGUGUAGUGCCGGUGGUGGUAAUUCUUUCUGAUACUACUCGUUGCCGAAGGUACCAAGACGUUUCGAAAGUGUUAAGCCCUCCAGAAGUAACAUGAGCGACUGACGAGUGGUGUUGGUUGCGAUAGUAUAGCACAGCAAUUUUAGCUCAUGGGCUGAAGCGCUAUAUGGAUGAUAAAGCACGUGGAUAAUUGUAAAAUUGGCUAAUAAAAGUGCAUGUAAAUGUUGCCAGUCUUGGUGCAAAUUUUACAUACGAGUGUUCUAAGCCUAGCUGCAACAGAAGAUUGUCUCUGAACAACAUCGUCAUCACCAGUCGUCUGAUUGAUCCAUCUUUAAAUUACGGAUUGGUGUUAAACGAGCGCCUCAAUAUGUUACAGCUCUUCAAUCUAACCACCUCCCAGUUCGUCGCACGCACGGUAAGCAGCAUUAAGAAGAUGCCUUGCCCGUUCCUGACCCGUCUGAGCACGAGCUACGUGCGCAACUACGCUCCGGCCCUGCUCAAGGCGUACGGUGCCCAGUGUCCGGUGGUGCAGCGUACCAUCUCCUCGCUGCAAGGUUCGCAGGCCGGUGCGGCUGCCGGUGCUGGAGGAUCCGCCGGCGCGCAGGAUGUAGCGCCGAAGAAGGAAACCGAGACGCGCCGCAAUUUGAGCUCGCUGCAGCAACCCAAGCCGCAGCAGUCGGAACCGUCGCCGGCUGCCGGCAAACCGGUGGCAUCGAGCGGCACGAAAAAGUGCCCGUUCCUGAGUACGGCAGCCCCGCACGUGAAGGAGCUCGGGGCGGAAAGUGUGGAAGUGCCGACGGAGCGCACGUUCCAGUACGAGGACUUCUUCCACGAGCAGAUCCUGCGCAAGAAGCAGGACCACUCGUACCGGGUGUUCAAGAAGGUGAACCGGCUGGCGGCCGAAGGCCAGUUCCCGCGUGCGCUCGAGUACUCCUGGGGCGAACGACCGAUCACGGUGUGGUGCUCGAACGACUACCUUGGCAUGUCGUGCCAUCCGGAGGUGAAGCGAGCCGUUGCGGACGCGCUCGAAACGUACGGCACGGGAGCCGGUGGAACUAGGAACAUCUCCGGCAACUCGAUGAACCACGAAAAGCUGGAACAUCGGCUGGCCGAGCUGCAUCAGAAGGAGAGCGCGCUGCUCUUCACCUCGUGCUUCGUGGCGAACGAUUCGACGCUGUUUACGCUCGCGAAGGCCCUCCCCGGGUGUCACAUCUUUUCCGACGCCGGGAACCACGCCUCGAUGAUACAGGGCAUCCGGAACAGUGGUGUGCCGAAGCACAUCUUCCGCCACAACGAUCCGGCCCAUCUGCGCGAACUGCUGCAGCGUGUCGAUCGGUCGCUGCCGAAGAUUGUCGCGUUCGAAACGGUCCACUCGAUGACGGGAGCGGUCUGUCCGCUGGAGGAGCUCUGCGACAUCGCGCACGAGUACGGAGCGCUCACGUUCGUGGACGAGGUGCAUGCGGUCGGGCUGUACGGGGAGCACGGGGCAGGGAUUGGAGAGCGCGAGGGACAGCUGCACAACAUGGACAUCAUUUCCGGCACGCUCGGCAAGGCGUUCGGCAAUGUGGGCGGUUACAUUGCCGGGACGUCGCUGCUCGUGGACAUGAUCCGGUCGUAUGCGGCCGGGUUCAUCUUUACCACCUCGCUACCGCCGACGGUACUGUGCGGUGCACUGAAAGCCGUUGACAUUCUCGCAUCGGAAGAGGGCCGCGAGCUGCGCGCACGUCACCAGGAAAACGUGCGCUACCUGCGCCAGCGGCUGCAGGAUGAAGGGUUCCCGGUGGAACAUACGCCCAGCCACAUCAUUCCGGUAAAGAUCGGCAAUCCGCGCGAGUGCACGGAGGUGUCGGACCAGAUGAUACAACGCUUCGGGCAUUACGUGCAGGCCAUCAACUAUCCGACGGUGGCGCGCGGUGAGGAGAAGCUUCGGCUGGCUCCGACGCCUCACCACACGCGUGCCAUGAUGGAUGAGAUGGUGCGCGACAUGAAGGUGGUGUGGCAGGAUCUGAAGAUGCCGCUGGGCGGCAAACACUGCCCGGAAGAGUGCGCGUUCUGCCGGAAGCCGCUGCUGUUCGAUCGGUUUGAGGCGCGCACCAGCGCCACGGCCGCCAGCUGCGCCCGGGAGCUCAACUGCCAGAUACCGAACUGCCCGCAGAUUGCUGCCGUGGCCAAUUAGAUGGCGUGGAGCAUUAUUUGUUUUGGGCUUUGGAGGUGUUGGGAAAGCAGAGCAGGCAAUGGCAUAUCGGGCGUAACUUAACAUUUCGGGACCGUAAUCUCUAUCCGGGGUUGCUCCGGGCGGGAGCGUGAUUUCUGACUCUCUGUCUCUCUCCCUGUCCGCUAGAUUUAUGUGUGUGCAUGUGUGUAGGUGCAAAUUGAACACUGUUCACUGUUGUGACUGGCUUUACUGAUUGUUGGUUGUUACUUCCGUGCGUGCGCGGAACCGUUCCGGGGAGGCAUUUGAGCUAUACACCUAUUUGCUUUACGUGCGAGGUUUCUAAGGCCGCUCGCGCUCUUGCUGAAAACAGCGGUCCAUUGGCCCAUCCUUCAUUCCAGUCGUAGUUACCGAGCUUAUUAUUUGUUUGUUAGUUUGUUUCUGUUUUAUUUAUUCCACCAUCCCCCGACGACCAGCAAAGCGGUCUCCCGUCUGGUGGUUAUGUAUGAGGCAAUGUAGGAGAAUCAAAUCGAAAUUUGUAUCUGUUUUGUCAGGAGCUUUACGUCGAUAUGUCAUUGACAAUAAAAUAGUUAUUGAAUCAAGAACGUCUAUUCCACAAAAAGUAUACUAAUAUACAGUCGGUUAAUAAAUGUGAAUUCAAAACACUGGGAUAAA